GGCACGGUGGGAAAUGGAAGCAGAGAAAGAAAACAGAAAAAAAAAAAAAGAAGCGACCGGCAAUUUCUAUUAAUACCCGUUGUCCUUAAUUAACUAAUUCAUUUAGAUCAUUAAUUCAUGAUGCCGACGUGUUGGCAGCCGGACUAUUGACCCGCUUCCCCUUUUAGCGGGAAAAAAGCCCCCCCUUUCGAACCUCCCAAGAUUAUUCUCGCGGCGUCGAUCGAUCAAUCCGGUGCAAUUCAUCCGUGACGCAUCCCUAUUUUGUGCCUCGCCAAAACGGUUAUCGAGCCGACGACCACCUGUCCUUUCCGGUCGCAUCUCGACCCUCCCGAUAUAUUGGUUCCCUUCUGGCGAUACCGUCGCGAUCUAUCCACGGAGUAUCCGUAUCUCCUGCCACCAUCUGCCCACCCCUCUGUCUCUCUCUGCCGUCUGCCUCACGAUGGAUGAUUCAGUCGAGUCUGAGUUCGCUGCCCCUCCGCACCGCGCGUCCUCCCCCUCCCCGUCCAUCUGCCCGACGCCCGCCAUCUCCUCCUGUCCGUCGCCGGACCGCACCUUCUCGACCUUCUCGACCAUCUCCUCCCUGUCCACCUCGUCCGCCACCUCCGCCGAUGCUCGAUCCUCCGUGUCAAUUUCCUCGAAACGCCGUGGCUACAUUCGGCCCCAGGGGGCCGAAUUCGCGGAGUCGGCCAAGAACCGGGAGAGCGUGAUGAGUCUGGGUAGCAUCGCCCACCUGCAGUACUACUUUGCCCGGACCGGCCUGUUGGACGGCAAAGGCGGCCAUGCCCGCGAGUUCAAGAAAAAGAAGAAGCCGGAGGACGAGCCUCGGCUGCUGAUGACCCCUAAUGCACGGUUCAUCGACGAUCUGACCGCCAGCCCCACGAGUGAGGCUGGAUUGAGUUCGGCCGACGAGGAUAGCGGCCUGGAGGAGCCCGACGAGAUGAUGCUGCCUCCCACCGUCAGCACCUAUAGCAUCAAGACCCACCACAUCCCGCCGCCCCCCGACCUGCUGGCGCUGCGCAAGAACCUGCGCAAAGCGCUGCACAAGGCCGAGAAGAACAUCGAGACGCUCGGAUCCCAGAAGGAGCCGCCGCCCGACCUGAACCCCCCGCGCAUCAGUCUGUCGCCGGACGAGACGGGCGACCCCGACGAAGAACCGGUGCGUCCGCCCACCGCAGGCGGCACCCCUCAGGGGUGGCAGGAGAUCCGAGGCGUGCGCAUUCUGGACGUGGUCACGCUGGCCAUCCGCGCCGCCAAGAUCUAUUACACGGCCCACGAGCGUCCGGAGCGAUUGGCGUCGAUCAAAAGCGAGCGCGACAUCCGUCAGGAGCUGUUCAACGUCCUUGAGGUGUUGAAGCGGUGGGCCUCGCGCAAUUUCUCCGGUGGAUUGCGGGGAGACGAAGAAGAUUCCAUUCUCGGAUGGAUCUCCAACGUGCGGGAGAUGCUGGCCCAAGAGAUCCGGUUGGAAGAGCAAGAGGCCACCGAGCGACAGACAUGGUCGUGGGCUGCCGGGGAUUGGACCGGACGAGAGCGGGAACGCGAAGAAGCCUUCCUGCGAAGUUUGACGGAUUCGGACUCCCCCCUGCCCUCAUGGACUGCCCCGGAAGAGGGUUCCCUGCCGAGUGCCAUGCUGGAGCGACUCCGCGAUGGUCGAGACCUGGUCCGCAUCCACAACCAGGCGGUGCGGAAGUCCAAGCGUCCGUUCUGCGAAAUCAAAUCAUAUCAUCAGGACGUUGCCAAACCGUACCGACGGGCAGAGAACCUGCGAUUCUGGGUCAAGGCGGCGGAAAUCCGGUGGGAGACGAAGCUGGAGAUGGACGUCAUGGGCGUGGUUCAAGGGAACAGCGACGAGGCGUGGACCAAGUUCGACGCGGCCCUUCUGACAUGGUGUCGCAGCGUGCGCGAGGAGCUGCAGCGCGACUGGCAGGAGACGCCGGGGCCCAAAGCCGAUGCAAGGCUUCCAGAUGACGGGUUUGACGGUUGAGUCUAUGACGAAAGGCGAGAAGGAGGUCUGGUUCGUUGGAACCACGUAUGAUUCUUUUUUUACAUAUUUUAUUAUUUGGUUUGUUCUGUUCUGGCUCUACGCUUGUCGUUUGCAGCCCUUCCCUUAGAUACCCCCCUUACUUGGCUUGAGUUUCUCCCCUUGAGGGAUGGCGGAUUGGAGUGGCAUGGCUGGAAUAGCUGGAAUAGCUGGAAUUAUCUAUUGUAUUUGAUUUGAAUCACUUGGAAUCUGCCCAGGGAUGGUGUACAUAUUUUAUUAUUUAAUC